AUGAAAAAUGACUGCAGCAGAUUUGUCCAAAAGUGCCACAAGUGUCAGAUUCAUGGAGACUUGAUAAAAGUCCCUCCAACAGAACUGAAUGCUAUGACAUUACCUUGGCCAUUCGCCGCUUGGGGCAUGGAUGUCAUAGGACCAAUUGAGCCAGCCACGUCAAAUAAACAUCAUUUCAUCUCGGUUGCCAUAGACUACUUCACCAAGUGGGUGGAAGCAGCAUCUUAUUCAUCAGUGACAAAGAAAGCGCCACGAGAGAGACAUGUGUGCGCAGUUCUAGAUCACUACCGAAAUUCAACUGCAUAUCGACCACAAAUGAAUGGAGCUGUAGAAGCCGCCAACAAAAACAUCAAGAAAAUCCUCCGAAAGAUGAUUGAUAACUACAAAGAUUGGCAUGAACAAUUGCCUUAUACAUUGCUGGGAUACCGCACAACGGUCAGGACCUGGACUGGAGCCACUCCAUACUUGUUGGUGUAUGGCACCGAAGCAGUGAUAGCAGCCGAAGUAGAAAUCCCUUCACUUCGAAUAACACAAGAAGCUGAGUUAGACGAUGCGGGGUGGAUCCGUAAAAGGUAUGAGCAACUAGCUCUGAUAGAUGAAAAGAGGAUGAUCGCUGUUUGCCAUGGUCAACUAUACCAGCAAAGAAUGGCGCGUGCUUUCAACAAGCGUAUGAGAAUUAGGGUGUUUCAAAUUGGGCAAUUGGUACUCAAACGAAUAUUCCCUAAUCAAGAAGAAUACAAAGGGAAAUUCGCACCAAACUGGAAAGGGCCCUAUAUGGUACGAAAAGUGCUAUCAGGAGGAGCCGUAGUGCUUGCUGAAAUGGAUGGUCAAGAGUGGCCAAAAGAGAUAAAUUCAGAUACCAUCAAAAGAUACUAUGUGUGA